AACAUUCUCCAAUCUCUCUCUCUCACCUGAAAACCCUCCAACAAUGGCGCGUAAAUCAUCCCUCCUGAAACGAGCAGCCAUCGCCAUCCUCUCCGUCAUCGCCAUCUACGUGAUCCUCAACGCCUCCGUCAGCCGCUCCCUCCCUUCCUCAUCCGAUCUCCCACGUCAGCUCAUCCGCCAACAAGAACAAGAACCUGCUCCGAUCCAACCCAAACCCAAAGUUAAGGUUUACAUGUACGAUCUCCCAAAAAGAUUCACUCACGGUAUCAUCCAACAACACGCAAUCGUCCGCGGCGGAAUAAAAAGCCCCGUAGAUGACGUCACCACGCUCAAGUAUCCAGGUCAUCAGCAUAUGCACGAGUGGUACCUCUACUCGGAUCUAAACCGACCCGAGACGGAUCCAACCGGGUCUCCGAUAACCCGAGUGCUGGAUCCUGCAGAAGCUGAUCUCUUCUACGUCCCCGUGUUCUCUUCCCUAAGCUUGAUAGUUAACGCGGGUCGACCCGUUGAUCCCGGGUCGGGUUACAGCGACGAGAAGAUGCAGGAGGAGUUGGUGGAGUGGCUCGAGGGCCAGGAGUGGUGGAGGAGGAAUAGAGGGAGAGAUCAUGUUAUACCCGCGGGAGAUCCGAACGCGUUGUACCGGAUCUUGGACCGGGUCAAGAAUGCGGUUUUGCUGGUGGCGGAUUUUGGGAGGCUUAGGGGUGAUCAAGGGUCGUUUGUUAAAGAUGUGGUGAUACCUUACUCUCAUAGGGUUAAUCUAUUUACUGGUGAAGUUGGUGUGGAGGGUCGUGACACGUUGCUCUUCUUCAUGGGGAAUCGAUACCGCAAAGAUGGUGGGAAAGUUCGUGAUUUGCUAUUCCAAGUUCUUGAAAAGGAAGAAGAUGUGACCAUCAAACAUGGAACUCAAUCCAGAGAGAAUCGACGAGCUGCUACGAAAGGAAUGCAUACUUCAAAGUUCUGUCUAAACCCUGCGGGCGACACUCCAUCCGCAUGCAGACUCUUUGACUCCAUAGUCAGCUUGUGUGUGCCCGUCAUUGUAAGCGAUAGCAUCGAGUUACCUUUCGAAGAUGUUAUAGAUUACAGAAAGUUUUCGAUUUUCGUCGAGGCCGGUGUGGCUCUGGAGCCAGGGUUCUUGGUUGGGAUGCUGAGGAAGAUAGGAACCGAGAAGGUUCUGGAGUAUCAAAGAGAGAUGAAACAGGUAAGACGGUAUUUUGACUAUGAUAACCCUAAUGGAGCAGUGAAGGAGAUCUGGCGUCAAGUCUCACAGAAGCUACCACUCAUCAAGCUAAUGAGUAACCGCGACAAACGCAUUGUCCUAAGAAAUUCUACUGAACCGGACUGCUCAUGUCUAUGCACAAACCAAACUGGUCUCAUCACUUCCAUAUAAACAUAUCUCUUCGUCUCUUGAGUGAGACUUAUCUUAUUGUGGAGGAGCUGGAACUCUCAACUUCUUGGCGGCCCCGAGACUUGCAGAAGGAGAUAUAUCCGCCUCAGUGUCCUAACUUUUCCGGUAAGGAAACGGAUAAGUAGACACGCAUGGUAACAGAUUCAUAAGGAAGAUAGAUUUUGAAAAUACUUCUUUUCUUGUAGAUUCCAUUAGUUUUCUCGUACUUGGUAGUAUUAGAGUGUCACAUUUUAUACGGACCCAACAGCUAUUCUUUUUGACCUCAUUAUUACUCUGCACAUAAAAAGUGAAGUACAACACAGGCUUCAGUUGUUUGCUCCCAGUGUUUGAGAUAGUGUCUUUGUAAAAUUUUAAGCCUUGGUCACUGGGUCAACUGUUCGAUAGUUCUUAAGCAAGAUAGUAAUUAAUAAGCUUUUUAGAGAGUGAUAAAGAAGAAAUUAAGCAUACGUUUAGAUGAAAAGAUAUGCGAGAUGAAUACAAGUUCCAAAACAUAGAAGUGAGUAGAAAAAGCGAAAGAAUUGUCUUGUAGUGUAGAAUAACGAUUGGAAGAAAAAGGAGGAUACAAUUCCUCUUAGUUGGUUAUGCCAUAAGAAAAUGAUUCAGCUUCUGUUACUAUCGUUUCCAGCCUCGAAUAUGGCGUGGCAGAAAAACCACAUUUUUGGAGAUUGAGAAAUCAUCAUUUGGUGGUGUCUAUCAAGCUGAUUCAGAUGUUGAGAAAUCUUCAUUUUGAGAUGCUGAAGCUCCUUGGGUUGCAACAACUGAACUAACUUGUAUACCAUUUUCUUUGUGAGCUCAGUGGAAGCUUUUGAGUUUUUCAUGUUGGAUUUUUUUUUCAUUUUUCCAUACGUCUCUUAACAAACAAAAAAAUCGAAAUCGAAAAAGACACAACGAAUU